AUGGAUUAUAAAACAAACGAAAUAGUACCCCAGGUGGGUCGAUCAUCGCAUGACAAAUCUCACACCAGUAACAAGAUCAGCCUCAAGGAUUCUGGGGGAGGCAAAAAUUCAUCCCCUCCACUCUUAAAACAGAACAAAUUUAAACUUCACCCAACCACCUAUAAUAUUCGAACAAUGAGAUCAACCGAACAUCUGGAAGAAUUAGAGGUGGAACUAUCCCAUAUUAAAUGGAACAUAUUGGGCCUAUGCGAAACCAGAUUACCGGACGAAAAAUGUAUCACACUGAAAUCAGGCCACCUUUUGUAUCGAAACAACAGAGAGGAAAAUACACACAUUGGCGGAACAGCGAUAAUGAUUCAUAAGAGUAUAAAGCGGCUAGUUACUAAGAUGAAAUCCAUAUCGAGUAGAGUCAUUUACAUAGUAUUAAAGAUAUCGAAAAGAUAUAGCGUCCAAAUAAUUCAAGUAUAUGCCCCUACAAGCUCUGCACCCGAUGAUGAGAUAGAGAGAUUCUACGAUGACAUUUCACAAGCGCUGACAAUAGAAACAUCACACUACAAAUACAUUAUUGGCGAUUUCAAUGCUAAACUAGGAGUACCAGCGGGAAAUGGAAAUCAAUAUGUGGGUAAAUUCGGACUGGGUUGUACCAACGAACGAGGAGAAAGACUGAUCAAUUAUCUCCAAAAAGAAAGUAUGAAUUCCUUCUUCAAAAAAUCAGAAAAGAGAUGUUGGACAUGGAGAAGCCCGAACUUAAAUACGAAAAACGAGAUCGACUACGUACUAACCAAUAAAAAGCUUACUAUAAAAGACGUUUCGGUCCUAAAUCGCUGUGAUACUGGUAGCAAUCACAAGUUGGUAAGAGCUAAAACAGAAAUAAACGUAAAGAGUGAACGAAAUAAGCUAAUCAAAAUACAACCAUUUCCCACAUCAAAAACAAUCCAGGAAAACCGCCAAAAAUUCCAAGCUGAACUCAACAAGAAAUUUUCUAAUAAAGAAGCACCGAACCGCUUAAAUAUAAACGCCCUAGAAAACAGAAUAAGUACUAACAUAAAACGACAGCCAAAAAGAUAUGUGCCACUACCAAGAAAAAUAAUUAAAAAAAAAAAAAGGAAACUAGAGGCUAAACUCAUGGCGAAGAGAAGAAACUUGGAGAUUCAUGAGUCCCUUUCAUGA